AGCCGCGGAAGUACAAGUAUGGAUGGGAAGAAAUGCAGUGUGUGGAUGUUUCUACCUCUUGUCUUUACUGUAUUUACUUCAGCUGGAUUGUGGAUAGUAUACUUUAUAGCUGUGGAAGAUGACAAAAUUUUCCCAUUAAAUUCAGCUGAAAGAAAACCUGGUGUGAAGCAUGCGCCAUAUAUAAGCAUUGCAGGUAAUGAUCCUCCUGCAAGCUGUGUGUUUAGUCAAGUGAUGAACAUGGCAGCCUUCCUAGCUCUUGUGGUAGCUGUUCUGCGCUUCAUACAACUGAAACCAAAGGUUUUAAAUCCAUGGCUUAAUAUUAGUGGAUUGGUGGCACUGUGUCUGGCUUCCUUCGGAAUGACCUUACUUGGUAAUUUUCAGCUCACAAAUGAUGAAGAAAUCCAUAAUGUGGGAACUUCGUUGACCUUUGGGUUUGGCACAUUGACCUGCUGGAUCCAGUCCGCAUUGACACUGAAAGUCAAUAUCAAGAAUGAAGGACGAAAAGCUGGGAUUCCGCGUGUUAUUCUCUCAGCAGUUAUCACGCUCUGCGUGGUCCUCUACUUUAUCCUCAUGUCGCAGGGUAUUCACAUGUAUGCAGCCAGGAUUCAGUGGGGCCUGGUGAUGUGUUUUGUGUCUUUCUUUGGCACCUUGGCAGUAGAGUUCCGGCACUAUCGUUAUGAGAUUGUUUGCUCUGAGUACCAGGAGAAUUUCCUAAGCUUCUCAGAAAGCCUGUCUGAAGCAUCUGAAUAUCAAACUGACCAAGUGUAAUGCAUGAAGUUUUCCUUACUGACGAGGUAGGGAAGGGGCCAGGGCACAAAGGACUUGCCGCAUAGCCUCCUAACACACUUUGUACACACAUACAUAUGCAGACAUGUUCAUGACCACAUCUGCCAAGUGAACUUUUCAGGGCAAGUCAUUUCUGUAAGGGAAAAGCACAAGCCCUUUGUGGAAAGCCUCAAUGUUCACCCAAAGUUGUAUGCCCGAGAGAGCUGGCAGCUUGUGCGUUAUCACUGCUCCCGUGCUCUGCUCUUUCUCUUCACUCAUUUCUCACAUGGUCAUCACCCUCCAAGAGAGCCGGGCAGUUCAGACGAAACAUGAAAUGGAUGCCAACUCCCAACAUUGCCUUCAUAGCCAAAGGGCUCGGAAUAGGCUCACAAGAAACCUUCUCAAUCAGGCACUUUUGCUUUUGACGAGAUGGAGGAUCAUUUCAUCGGAUAUGGCUGGGUGUACGGAGACAUGACCCAGGAGUCGGGGGAAAGCCUGGGAUCUGAGCUGAGAUAAUACAGAGACAAUACAGCAAGCAAGUGUGUUUGCCUUACAGGUGACUGACCUGAUUUUCAUCCCAGAAUCUCAUAUGGUCCCCCAAGCACAGCCAGGAGUAAUUUCUGAAUGUAGAGCCAGGAGAAACACCUGAGCACUGUCAGGUAUGGCCCCACCAAAAAGGCAAAAUGUUAAAAAA